AUGCCAUUUUCAGACUUGAAAGAACAAGAGAACGCGUGUAACGAAAAGCGUGUAGAAGGGAAUACUUAUUUCCAGGAGGGUCACUUUGAAAAAGCAGUUGAAGUAUACACUUCUGUGAUAAACAUGACCAAAGGUACAAGUUCCUUCGAUCCUACUUUUCUUAGUAACAGAGCUUCAGCUUUCAUUAGGUUGCACAAUUUUGGCGAUGGUUUAAGGGAUGCUGAAGAUUACAUUUCCCAUCUCCCUAAUUGCUGCAAAGGCUAUGCCAAAAAAGCACAGGCAUUGCAUGGGCUGAAAAGAUUUUGGGAUGCAACUUGUGCUGCAGCGUUUGCAUAUUAUUACAACAAAGAUAUCUUCAGCAGCUUUGCGCCAUUUAAGCAUUUGUUUCAUUCUUUAAAGGAUCGCAUAUAUAUUUGUCGUUCAAGUACUUCUUUACUUGUUUCCUCCAUUUUGCAUUGCAAUUUCCUUUCUCAGAAAGAGUCUGAAUUACCCCGUAAAAUCAUUAUUUUUGAACCAGGUGAUUAUACAUUCCAGAGACAAAUGUAUAUUUGUGAUACCAUAUUAAUUGGCGUGGAGGACAGUGAGACGAAGCGGAUUCCUCUAUUAUCUUUUCAAGGAAGUGUUGGCAUGUUUUCAUCUAGAUGUAUAAUGGCGGUGAACAUUUCUUUUGUUUUUGAUGCGGGAUGCUGGGAGACCAAUGAUGAUACGGAUGCAACCUUCAUGAAUUGUAGUUUCACAAGUAACGCAGGUCAAGGAAAACAAGCUUUUCUCUCUUCAGGAGCUUCAACUUUUACUAAUUGCCACUUUGACAACUGCAAAACGUUUGUCCAAAAAUGUAUCUUUUCCGCAAACGGCGGCCUUGGAGUGCAAGUCUUUUUGGGUGGCGAGUUAGAACUGAAGAAUAGUAAGGUUCAUGGCAAUGAGUUGGGAAUCCACAUGGGACCAGAUGCCGGGCGUUGUUGUGUCAUUAAUUGUGAGAUAUACGAUAACCGUUACCAAGGAGUUGUAACGUUCCGUAGUUCCAAUAUAAUUCUCACUGGUAACCGUAUCUAUCAAAAUGAUCGACAUGGCAUUAAUCUUGUAGGACUUUCGUUUACACAUAUUGAAAAAAACGAAAUCUUUGAGAAUUGCUGGCGAGGUAUUUCCACCAUGGAUAAUGCCAGGUGCAACGUUAUUAACAACAACAUUUAUCGCAACAAGUAUGGCGGUGUACAGGUUGUAUCAAUAGGUCCAGGCCCUGAAGAACGUCAUUCUAUUGUCGAAAAUAAUAACAUUUUUGACAAUGGUGGACCCGGCAUUUAUGACGAAAUGGUGUUUAGAGAUGAAGCGAAUAUACCAAAAGAGCAGACACUUAAAGAACACAUAUAUUUUUACAAACAUCGCAAACAAAUGCGGAAAACGAAGUUGAAAGGAAACAAAAAAAGAAACAAUAAUAAAACCGAUCAUGUGCAUCCCGAAAAGGAAGCGGAACCGUUAGAUUUAUGUGUAUUUUGUGGAGAAAAGAAACCGUUACAGAAUUGCAGAGGAUAUUAUUCUGUUGGAUAUUGCGUAAAGAGUUGUCAAAAAAGUGACUGGAAAAAACACAAAAGCGUAUGUGCUUCUUUGCUGCAGGAAUCUAGUGUCGUCGUAAAUGUAGUUCGAAAGGAAAGCUAUUUAGGCAGGGCAUCCAAAGGUUAUAUAACUACCACUUUCAACGAGCAAGCGCCAGGUCUUGAUCCCAAGGGACCAGAAUACGCCAACCCACCCAAAUACGGAAAAAGAUUUAUAGUGAAGGUCCAGGCAGGAGAUUCAAUAAGACAGUCGAAUUUAGGAACUUCGCUACUUGUUGUUUACGAUCGCAGCAUGACAGUUCAUGGUGAUCUAGAUUGGAAACAUUGCCCUCUUUAUCACAUUGUACAACGGUGCGGUAAACUUUCUCAUGGUAUUGGAUGGACGAAAAUGUACUUUUGGGCAACGUUCUGUAAUCCGGACGAUUAUAGCACACUUCGUAUUUUUACGAAAAUGCUUCCACCAUACCAAAAUUGGUAA